AUGAGAAGGCAGCACUGGUUUGGCAUGAAUGUCCAGCUAGGCACAUUUCUCUCUGGUGUCUUCACCAUCUUCGUCACCAACAUGUACGUUGUGUUUGAAGAGAAGUACAUGGGACAACGCAACUGUGUCCCUGAAAAUAAUCAAGAGAAAACUAUGAAUAACUUUAUCAUCUGUUGGAGCUAUAAGAUCAUCUUCUGCUUGUCCAUAAUCACCGUCUUUGUCAGCUGUUUCCUCUUGUACUCUGUUUAUGCCCAGCUCUACCAAGGCAUGGUGACCUAUGUCGUUUGGAUUAUCUUUUAUGAAGCUGUCAACUCCCUGCUGCAGGCCCUGACCAAUAACCCUAACAAUGGAUCCCCAGUAGAAGUGAGGGUUUUACGCUGGUUUGGCCUAAUCUCCCGUAUUUUCAUGCAUGGAUUCUGGAUGGUUUUUGUGAUCAAGUAUGUCCACAUAGUAUACAGAAACCAAAUGCAAAGCAAUGUCACUUCCUACAGCCGCCGUCUCUCUACCAUUGUGGAAUCAAAGAGAGAGAGGCCACACUACCCAAAUUUCCCAAAACUCUAUUACCCAUCUCGAGUUCAUAUAAAAUAA